AUGUCUUCCACUAGCGCAGAUAAGCUUCAACCCGUUGGUGGCCGAGUCUUUGCCCCCAUCGACACCUCUGUAAGCUCCAUACACCACUCUCAAGCUCCUGGGAUCGCAGAAUGCUAAUUUCUUGUUUCGCCGGCGAUGGCGCAUACGUAGAAGUCGAUUGGCGAUGGAUUGCUGCAGCUGACCGAUGUCCUCGUCGGUGGCGGCGUUUUCGGGUGAGUCCAUAUCACCAUCCCGCUAUUCUUGUCUUCUAUGUUUCGCAGGCCCCCAACCCGCCAUGCCAAGCCAAGCCACGUCUUCGCAAACGGGAAACCUCGAGCACUCGUGAUCACUGAACCCCGAUUGCUCCUUCCCCAUAGCUACGACUACAACACGUCCUCUACCCUCGAAUCUUCAAUUCCAGAGGAUACGCUCCGCCUCGCUUUCCGUUAUGGUAUUUCCGGAAUUGAUACUUCGCCCUGUACGUAUCUUUUCCGUCUCCUUUGAAGAUCAGUGCGAGGCCCCGGGACAGCAGGGCCUGGCGCCCCACCGGAGCACCGUGCCGUCCUCCCCGACCAGACCUUCGCGCGCCAAAGGACUCUCCCGAAUUCGGCUCCGAGAUCGAUCACUGAUCUCAAUCAAUCUACUCCUCUGCAAUCUACAGACUACACGACCUCCGAGACCGUCAUCGGAAAAGCGCUCGCCAAGCUCGCCCCCGAGUUCCCUCGUUCGUCGUACCAACUUAUCACCAAAACCGGUCGCUACGGCCGAACAAAAGCCGAUUUUGACUACUCGCCUGAACGCGUACGUCAAUCCGUCGCCAAGUCUUGCGAGUUGAUGGGCACGGAUUAUCUCGAUGCUGUUUACUGUCAUGAUGUCGAGUUUGUUAGUGAACAAGUCGGGGAAGCUGGAUCGGAUGGCUGGACGGUGGAUUCAGAGGGUAAGAUUAGGAAGGAGGAUUUGGAUAAGUGGGGGCUUGCGGAGGGGGACGAAGGCACGAUUCGAGGCCCCGGUGAUGAAAAGGUCUUGGGCGCGUUGAAGGCGUUGUUCGAAUUGAAAAAGGAAGGAAAGAUUCGUGCCAUUGGCUUCAGUGGUGAGUGAUCUCUUACUGUCUUCGUCAAGAGAAUCGCCCGAUCCCUGACCCAGUGUCGUCUGGCCCCUAUCAGGUUACCCCUUGCCGACGCUCCUUCGUCUUGCGCGACUGUCGGCUGCCAAGCUGCAACCCAUCGAUAUCAUGCAAUCGUACUGUCACCACACUGUACGUGCAUCAUAUUCCACAUGCGCUCAUAGAAGGAAGCAUUCGCACUGACCUUUCCCGAACUCACUCCCCCAGCUCCAAAACACGACCCUGACGACUUUCCUCCCUCUUUUCUACGCCGCCGGCGUAAAGCAGGUCGUUUCCGCCUCUCCGCUCUCGAUGGGACUCCUCCGCGGUGCCGGAAGUCCCGAAUGGCACCCCGCUUCACCUGAGCUCCAACAAGCGACCAAGGAUGCGGUCGCGGCGAUGAAGGAGGAGGGUGUCGAAUUGGCCGACGUCGCUUUGGGGUAUGGAUUGGCUUCGGCGAAUUUGGAUGCGAGCGUCGGAAGACCUACACCUACUGUUGCUGGAUUUUCGUAGGUCUCAUAAAUCCCAUCAGUUGCCUCGUGACAGUUGUCUGGACUGACUCUUUUACCCUUUUGCAGCACCCCCGAAGAGGUUCACGCCACGAUGCGCGUCUACAACGCCGUUUACGGUGCGCAAGGCGAAUCCCGCGCCGGCCGUCUCCCUGGCCAAGGGUUGCAGAGUGAGGCGAACCAGAAGCAACGUGCUUUGGAGAAGCAGUGCUAUGACAUCUUCCAGAAGAGCAAGACGUUGAAUUGGGGGUGGGCGUCCGGGAGGGAUUAG